CUCAGCGCCAGCGCCAGAGAGGCAGCCGGAGAGCGCCAAGCCGAUCGCCUUCGGAGAGUUUCGCGGAGCAGCUGUGCGGGAGGGGGCGGGCGGCACGGAAGGCAGAGACGGGGGUCCGGCGAGACCCCCGAGACCCUGCGCUCCUUCUCCUGCUCCUCGCACGAACUUAUGCAUAAGGAACUGCUGUACAGGAAUACAUGCCACUGAGAGAAACAGACCAAGCUGAAACACAUCUGACAUUCCAGAUUUUUAAAACUUUCGCCAAUCUGGAUCAAGUGGCAGAAUACCUUUGAACAAUCGUCCAUCAUGAAUACAUUUAGAAAAGGUUGAAAGGAAUACAAAAAGAACAUGGGGAAUUCGUAUGCAGGGCAACUGAAAUCUGCCCGUUUUGAAGAAGCCCUGCACAACUCGAUAGAGGCCUCUCUAAGAUGCAAUAGUGUGGUUCCUCGCCCCAUCUUCUCUCAGCUGUAUCUUGACGCUGAGCAGCCUAUUUUGCCGGAAGACAUUAAACCAAAAGUGGAAGAGCUGGACAAAGAAUUGAUGCAACGUUACACCCAGAAUGGAAUUUUGGAUUUUUCUACUAGCCAAAUAAUUAAUGAAAUGGAAGAAGAUGAGGAGGAUGAAGACAUGUCUGAUUCCAAUAGUCCACCAAUCCCAUAUUCACAAAAACCUGCCCCAGAAGGGUCUUGCACUACUGAUGGUUUUUGUCAAGCAGGCAAAGAUUUGAGGUUAGUUUCGCUGUGUAUGGAACAGAUCGAUAUCCCAGCAGGAUUCCUGUUAGUAGGAGCCAAGUCUCCAAACCUUCCCGAGCACAUUCUAGUCUGUGCUGUUGACAAGAGGUUUUUGCCAGAUGACCAUGGAAAAAAUGCACUUUUAGGUUUUUCUGGGAACUGUAUAGGCUGUGGAGAAAGAGGAUUUCGAUAUUUCACUGAAUUUUCCAACCACAUUAACUUGAAGCUCACCACUCAGCCAAAGAAGCAGAAGCACUUAAAGUACUACCUAGUAAGGAGCUCCCAAGGUGUGCUGUCAAAGGGACCUUUAAUAUGCUGGAAAGAAUGUAGAAGCAGGCCAUCUUCUUCUGCUAGCCAUUCUGCUAAACCUAGUUCUUCAGCGUCUCCAUCUGUGACCCCUGAGAGUGGAACAGCUAAUGGAUACAAGCCAGGGUUCACUCAGACAGACUCCUCAGUGUUCAGUCCAGCACCCUCUUCGUCUGCUAAUUUAAGUGGAAUUCAAGAUUUGUCUCGGAAUAAGAACAUAGUGAAACCACUUGCUUUGCCGGUACAACUUGUAGGAAACACAUUUGCAACAGCUCCCCUGUCUCUGCGUGCCACUGAUGUUGCUAGUGGAAACAACCAUGGAGGAAGGACUAAUGUGAUAAGCUCUACAGUCUCCCGACCUGUGCCUCACUCGAUGUCUCCUGGCCCUAGCAAUGCGGCUGGGGAGCCAGCAUCCAUGUCCAGUUCUGGGCCCCCCAAGAAACGACACCGGGGAUGGUCCCCUGGAUCACCAGCUGCUCCUCCUCCUCCGCCGCCGCCGCCUCCUCCUCCUGGCUUAGUUGUGCCUGUUCCUGCCAUUCGACCUCUUCCGAGAUCAGAGCCUCUUUUGUCAGUCCCAGUUCCUCAAUCAAUGUUAACUGGAAUUUUACAGCCUCAGCCCAUCCCUGCAGGGGAGACUGUAAUAGUUCCUGAAAAUCUGCUGAAUAACUCAGGAGUCAGGCCAGUAAUACUGAUAGGUUAUGGCACUUUACCUUAUUUCUAUGGGAAUGUUGGAGAUAUUGUAGUAAGCCCCUUGCUAGUGAAUUGCUACAAGAUGCCUCAGCUGGAAAGCAAAGAUUUGGAACUUUUUGGUUUGACUGGGAGUCAGUUACUAAGUGUGGAAAACAUGAUUAUUUUAACAAUACAGUAUCUUGUCCGACUAGGUCCUGAUAAAAUACCACUCAGGGAAGAAUUUGAACAGAUCGUACUGAAAGCUAUGCAAGAGUUUACUGUGAGAGAGCAGUCCCAACAAACGAGUGCUCAGGGCAUCUUGUUGCCAGCUCAACUCCCGUGGCUUGCCAGGCUAAUUGCCAGCGUCUCCCAGGAAAUGGUGCAUGUAGUGGUUACUCAGAAUUCCCUGGCCGAAGGUAUUUCAGAAACACUGCGAUCUCUCAGUGAAAUGAAACACCAACAAAGGCUGCCAGAUUAUGUUGUUGCCAUCUGCGCAUCAAAGACCAGAGGGAACGAAUUCUGUGUGGUAGUUUUAGGUCAGUAUCAGUCUAGAGCUCUAGCAGAGAGUAUGCUUACUACCAGUGAGUUUCUAAAGGAAAUCAGUUAUGAGCUCAUUACGGGAAAAGUUAGUUAUCUGGCGUCACAUUUCAAAAACACAUCUUUAGGCGAUGAACUGGACAAGUUGUUAGAGACAAUACAACAGAGACGAGGAGAUAACGUCGUAAUCCCAUUCAAUGGGGAUGUCAAUGAAUGUGUUUCAUCUCAAGAAGCAGCUGCCAUGGUUUCCACCCAAGAAUUAGAUUUGGACACUGAAACAUUCCAAAUUUAUCAACCACAACUCACAAUUGCCAGAAAGCUCUUGUCACAGGUAUGCGCCAUUGCAGACAGUGGCAACCAAAGCCUGGAUCUCGGUCACUUCAGCAAAGUAGAUUUCAUUGUUGUAGUCCCUCGUUCAGAGGUGCUGGUCCAACAGACCAUUCAACGGAUUCGACAAUCAGGUGUCCUUGUAGACUUGGGACUUGAAGAAACUGGAGCAGCUUACCAACGGGCUGAAAAAUAUGUGGUGCGGCUAGACAAUGAUAUUCAAACCAAGUUUGAUGUUUUCAUGAGACGGGUAAAACAGAAUCCGUAUACCCUUUUUGUGCUGGUGCAUGACAAUGCCCAUGUGGAUUUAACAAGUGCCAUCUCAAGUUCUCUAUCCCAUGGGGAGCCUAGUCAUGGACUGGCUGACAGAAUGAUAAAUUGCAGAGAGGUACUUGAAGCUUUCAACCUCCUUGUCCUCCAAGUGAGUUCUUUCCCAUACGCUCUUCAAACUCUGCAAUCCAGAAUCAGCUCCGCCAAUGAGGUACACUGGAUACAGUUAGGCAACAUGGAGGAACUGAGCCAAGAUGAGAAGCUGUAUUUUGGCUUGAAUGAAUACAGCAAAUCUCUGCAGUGGGGAAUCACAAGCCCUCUUCUGAGAUGUGAUGAAACCUUUGAAAAAAUGGUGAAUACACUGUUAGAGAGGUACCCCAGGCUGCACAGCAUGGUGAUUCGCUGCUAUCUGCUUAUUCAGCAGUAUUUGGAAGCACUGAUGGCCCUCACCACCAUAGCCUCCCUCAGGGACCACAGCACACCUGAGACUCUCAGCAUAAUGGAUGACAUCAUCACUGCACCCGGCAAGGAUAAGAAUGGCCGUGGCCACAUGCUUGUCAUCAGGAUUCCCUCUGUGCAGCUGGCAAUGCUGGCAAAAGAGAGGCUGCAAGAAGCUCGAGAUAAACUAGGCCUGCAGUAUCGGUUUGAGAUCAUCUUGGGGAACCCAGCUUCAGAACUUACUGUUGCCAAGCACUUUGUGAAGCGAUUAAAGGCCUGGAGAGGAAAUGAGCGGGAGGAUUGGCUUCCUCAUACUUACCAGGAUUUAGAAGGUCUGCCUUGCAUUGUUGUUUUAACUGGCAAGGAUCCGCUAGGGGAAACGUUUCCCAGAUCCCUGAAAUAUUGUGAUCUUCGGCUGAUUGACUCAAGCUAUUUAACUCGCACUGCCUUAGAACAAGAAGUGGGCCUGGCAUGCUGCUAUGUUUCAAAGGAAGCAAUCCGAGGACCCAUUGUAGCUCUAGACCUUAGUGAAAAGGAGCAGGAGAAGGCCAGUGUCAGUGAGAAUGAUACGGAUGAGCUGCUGAUUGACUUGGAGAGACCUCAGAGUAACAGCAGUGCUGUGACUGGAACUUCAGGUUCUAUAGCAGAAAAUGGUGUGAGCUCCUCCAGUGCUAUGGACAAGUCUCAGAAGCUGCCGCCACCCCUGAACUUCCAGAAUGUGGCCCAGAGUUCAGUUGAUGAAGGAUUUGCUGCCGGGGAGACCUUGAAACAAGAAUGUGACUCUCUUGGCAACCAGGUAGCAAGCAGCACCACUUCUAAACUGUCAGCAGCAACCUCCUCCGUCAGCCAGUCAUUCCGGUGGCCAGGCCAGUCUGUGAAAGAAGGCAAGGCUUUGCGGGUGUCCUUGCCCCGGACUGUGAUCUUAUCCAAAGCCGCCUACUGCCUUCUUGGUGCACAGAAGAGUGGGCAGCAUCCCUUCUCCUCUUCUCUCUUGCCUCAUGCCGAUGUGUCUUGGGUGAGCUCUCUGAGGCCUUUGAUACACAAGGAUAUGGCCAGUGAAGAGCAGUCUUUGUACUACAGACAGUGGACUGCAGCUCGACAGCACCAUGUGGACUACAAUAAUCACGGGGAUACCACCGGCGGCAGGAACUUUCACCCACGGCGGCUGCUUCUAACGGGACCUCCGCAGGUUGGGAAAACUGGUUCUUACUUGCAGUUCCUACGAAUUCUCUUUCGCAUGCUGAUCAGGUUGUUGGAAGUGGAUGUGUAUGAUGAGGAAGAUAUUAAUACUAGUCAUACAGAGGACAAAGAAAUUGUCCAGCCUAGCAAUGAUCAGUGGCCUGAUGUUGAAAUAAUCAGCAAAAUGCCUUUUGACCUCAGUGUGCAUGAUCCUAAAUAUUUCCUCAUGAGUCUGGUAUAUACAAACCAGCUACAAAGAAUAAAACAAGAACCAAGCAAAGAAACCAAAGCUGAGGAACACAGAAAGCGGGCUACUGUGUCUAUGAUGUUGACAAAGUAUGCAGCUUACAAUACUUUCCAUCACUGUGAACAGUGCCAUCAAUAUAUGGACAUAAACCCUUCAGCUCCGAUGUCUGACUCCACCCUACAUGCAUUUACAUUCUCAUCCUCAAUGUUAGGAGAAGAGAUCCAGCUUCAUUUUAUCAUUCCCAAAUCCAAAGAGAGCUAUUUUGUCUUCAGCAAGCAGGGCAAGCAUUUGGAAAGCAUGCGGCUUCCUCUUGUAUCUGAUAAGAACAUGAAUACAGUAAAGAGUCCUAUUUUCACUCCUUCAAGUGGACGCCAUGAGCAUGGCCUCUUGAAUCUAUAUCAUGCUAUGGAAGGCAUCAGCCACCUCCAUCUGCUUGUGGUGAAGGAAUAUGAAAUGCCACUUUAUCGCAAAUAUUGGCCCAACCACAUCAUGCUGGUUUUGCCAGGAAUGUUCAACAAUGCUGGAGUUGGUGCUGCCAGAUUCCUUAUUAAAGAGCUUUCUUACCAUAACUUGGAGCUGGAGAGAAAUCGCUUGGAGGAGCUAGGAGUCAAGCGUCAGUGUGUCUGGCCAUUCAUUGUGGUUAUGGAUGACUCUUGUGUCUUAUGGAACAGCCAUGUCAUCCAAGAACAGUUCAGUCAGUCCAUGGAUCAAGGAUCAACGAGUAAAAAUGUGUCUCUGAAGAGCGUUCUACAGCACAUUGAAGCCACACCAAAAAUUGUCCAUUAUGCAAUACUGGGCAUUCAGAAAUGGAACAGCAAACUGAAUUUCAGAGCUCCCAAAGCUCCUUUCUCCAGGUGCCACAUACAUGACUUUAUACUACUCAACGUAGACCUGACCCAAAAUGUGCAAUAUGAUCUAAACAGGUAUUUCUGUGAAGAUGUAGAUUUUAAUCUGAGAACAAACAGUAGCGGCCUGCUUAUCUGUUGCUUUAACAACUUCAGCCUCAUGAAGAAACACAUCCAGGUUGGAGGUCAAAAGGACUUUGCCAUUAAGCCUAAAAUCAUGGUAUCUGAGAGCUUGACUCCCAUAAUGCCUCUUCAGUAUGUCUGUGCUCCAGACAGUGAGCACACACUCUUGGCAGCUCCAGCUCAGUUUCUCCUGGAAAAGUUUCUUCAACAUGCCACAUACAAGCUUUUCCCAAAGGCUAUCCACAACUUCAGAAACCCUGUAUUAGCGAUUGACUGCUAUCUGAACAUUGGGCCUGAAGUAGCUCUUUGCUAUGUCAGUUCACGGCCGCACUCUGUCAAUGUCAACUGUGAAGGGGUAUUUUUCAGUGGACUACUUCUAUAUCUUUGCGACUCCUUUGUAGGAGCAGAUUUUCUUAAGAGGUUCAAGUUCCUGAAAGGUGCAACCCUGUGUGUCAUUUGCCAAGACAGGAGCUCCUUGCGGCAAACAAUAGUCCGUCUAGAGCUGGAAGAUGAAUGGCAGUUUCGUCUGAGAGAUGAAUUUCAGACUGCUAAUAGUAGCGAUGAUAAGCCACUCUAUUUUCUGACUGGGCGCCAUAUAUAAGUUUGAGAGGAAACAAAUGGCAAAGGAAAAGAACAGAACCUGAGAAGUCGGAUUGUGUCUUUUCCCCCCUUUCUUUGAAAGUACAAUCACUGUGGAGCAAAGUGCAACCAAUAUUUAUGUUCACUACUCUUAAGGAUCCCCCAAAUUUCUAACCCAGACUUUAUUUUUUAUGACUGAAAAGUGAAUUGAUUCAAGUUGAUUCCUCGUGAGUCACUGUUACGUAAUGGCAUACCCAUGAUGACCCAUGAUGUGGAGAAUAACAUUUUGGCAGAUGGCAAGUUCUCCUGAUCGCUUUAUACUAUGCUAAAGGAGAAUUAAACAGACUUUUGGCAUCUAUCAGCUUGAAUGUGUUACAUGCGGUUCACAGUAAGAAUGUGGAAUUAUUUGAAGAUAAUAUGCUGAGGAAUGCUGUCCAUUUCUCUUCAUAUCUGUACUUUUGGUACGGUAUAACUCAGGGGUUUGAAAAGACAAAAAGUAACCUAGAAUUGUGUGUUUGAAAGAUUAUUUUUUGUUCACUUUCUGUGCAGUGUUAGCUUAAGGUUUGUAAUUUUAUAUGUAUUGAAACUUUUGGCAAAAUUUCCACAAAAGUUAAAGUUUACUACAUAAGCCUGAACAAAUUGAUGAAUGUAAGGCAGGCAUUGUGUGCACAUGCUGGUUUGUCAGAACAGCUGUUAUUUCACCUUUUGGGGUGAAAUAUUGGUCUGAAUGGAAAGAUCUUCAACUCAGUAGGUGAUCAGCCUUUUCUCUUUGGUAGCAUGCCAAGCCAUGUGCAAGAACCUAUUUUUGCACAUGGAUCAAUCUUGACAACCAGCCUGCUUAUUCAUAUUGUCUCAUCGGUGUGCUUAAACUCCACCAAAAUGAUGUAAUCCUCAGUACUAUCAGAAAUCAUUUUGAGGUGACAAAUCAGCCUUCUAGCUUGUUCUCACACAGCAGAAGUUCCUUUAUUUCUUUUUGCAGUCGGUGUCUCGCUUGCUUCAACUUUCUCUAUAGUUUUUUGGGUAGAAAAUGCUAUAUGUGUGCUUUUAUGGAGAGCAUUUACUAACCCAUGAAAAACAGAUGAACCAUAGGCCAGAAGCGUGAAGUAUUUAAUGGCUGAAGCAAGCUGAGCCACAAGUUCUGAGAGCCAUAAAGUCCAUUAAAAUAACUUCUAACUGAAUUGGGACCAACAGCAGGAGCUGUGUGUUUAUAUACAUACAUACAUACAUACAUACAUACAUACAUACAUACAUAUAAAUAAAGGUCUUAAGCACACCUGGAAAAGUUGGCCAGGUCAUUUUAACUAUUUAGGGCUUGAUCUAAUGGAGCACAACUCCAGCACCUGUGUUCGACUGAGUUCAAUAGAGCUGUUUUUUUCCAACUCCCCAAUGCAAGCACAUGGGCAUAAACGGCAUAAACAGGUAGCAUGAAAAGACAGUGGAAGGAAUGGAAAGUCUGAGAGCACUUUCCAUAUUCUUACUGUUGCACCAUACAAGUUCCUUUUGGUCCUAAACAUAAGUAGCAUACAAGGCACAGAAAUAGAAGGGGGUGGUACAGGAGGUGGGCACAGAUCUCCUGUCGCUGGAAGUGCCCUUGUAAUGCCUCAGUACAUGCUUGUUUUGAUGGAAACAGAUACAGCAGAACUCAGCUGGGGUCCGUAGAAUUCUUUCAUCUGUAGGUACUGAAUGCGUGUGCUUAACUGGAUCAAGCUCUGUGCUUUGUUUGAAUUAGAGAGGUGUUAAAAUAACACUAUUUUUAAAUAGGCUGUGAAUUGUUUUAAGAGUGGGUUUCUUUAUACCAGCACUUUGUGCUGUGAAAUAUGCUGAGAGUUUAAAUGAGUACGGUACAAUCAGGGCUUCAUAAUGCAGUUAACAUUUAUGGAUAGAAUUCACUUCCUUUUUCCUACUCUGCUUUUUCCAGCUUUUCCUACUGUUACGCUUUGUGGUGGUGGUUCUUCCUUCACUGCUAUUCUUACACUUUUUCUUGUCACACCAAUAUUUUAUAUGCAGCCCGUUUUCAUCUUGUUAGUGAGAAUUUCAUUCAGUGCAUUACACUUAUUAUGAUCUAAAUAUAAUUAAGAACACAAAAAGUCGAUUAAGAAGCACCUGCCAAACUGCAUUUAGAACAAAAGUGUUAAUUGUACAACUUUUUAACCUUGUGAAAAAGCUGUUUACAAAUAAUGAAAAGCAUAAUAUAUUGAUUGAAGUUGAAAAGGAAAAUAAUGGUUUUCAUACCUGUUCAUUUUAUUAUAGCUUUAUGUAAAUGUAGCAUGUUUCAAAUGAACGAUUGUUUACUUUAGUGUAGGUUAUUUGGGAUUUUUUGUACCCAUAAAAAAUCUGCCUUAUACUUAAUGAGUACCUUAAUUUUUGUUUGGUAGGAGGUUAUGUAAGAACUGCAGUUAGGAACUACAAGGCUGGUGUAUUCACUGUGUAGCCUAUUAAGACACAUGUAGAAUUACUGGCAUUUUAGGGUCUUGUUCUGGUUUCGUUGGCUGAACUUAAUACCCGCAUAAGGUGAAUUUGUGAAAGUUUCCAUUUUAAUGCAAACUUUGCAGAUAAAAAAUCUUUUAAAAAAUCUUUGUAUAUAUGAUGUUUGCACUAAGUUCUUAAAAUUCCAUGUGCUGAGAGUGAUUAUACCCUUGGUAAAGAGGUACAAGAAUAUGUGUAAGUUGAGAACUUGGAGGAGGCUAAGCGCCUUUUCACACAAUCAGGGUUUUUUGGCCAUAUUUGUAGCAGACUGUCUACAUACCAUCUCAGAACAGUUUGUGUUUAUGGGUAUCAGUUUCUAAGCACUAUAUUCUCUACCUAGAAAAAUGUACUAUCUCCUUGACAGCAUAUUCUUAUCCUUACUUGAUACACUGCUUUCUGAACAUGGUUUUCAGUAGUAUUAGUUCAAAGUAACUGCGUGAAGCUCUUGCCCCUCACAUUGCUACCCCACUUACGCAGUUUUUGGUUAGGGUUUUUACUAGUGCACUCCACUGACCAACACGUGCAGAAAUAUUUUAAAUCAUUUUUGGAAGUAAAGAAGCUCAACUACUCUGUUAUAUUGGGGAAUGCUUUGUGUAGAAAGAUUCUGGUUACAUCUAUUUUCUUUCUGUAUUGGACAAGAGCACAUUCAAAGCAUUGUCACUUAGGCAAAGAAAUAAGAGUUUUGGUUGAAUUCCAGCUGAAAUGUAUUCGGAAAUUAAUUACUGACAUCCAUAUGCUUUAAUAAUGCAAGCUCUCUAAAUGAUUUUACAGGACAGUACAUCAGAAAAAGAUACCAGAUGCUACAAUCUAAUAUUUUGGUUACAAGCCUUGCCAGCAAGGCAGUGACAUGAAUGUAUUAAAAGAGGCCAGCAUUAUUUUACCGGUAGACUUGUCAAAUAUAAGUAGUUAAGACACCGGUUAAUAUUGAAUGUAAUCUGUAAUUAUAAAACAAAUCACUCAUAUCUGUAAUUUAUGCAGUUGUUUUGUGUUACCUCUGAAAAGGGUUUAAAUAUUUUUCUUAGGACUGCUUCACUCCUGACCAAUUUCCUAUACUGGUAAUUUUUAUUUCUAGGGUGAAAGGAAUGCAAACUGUAAAUCCAUAAGUGUGAUUAUCCCAUGUCAGAUUUGUUACAAUAUAUGUAUAUAUAACAAAUCUGUGUUGUAGGCAUCAUAUAUGUUGCUCUGCAUUGUCUGCCUGCUUUUUCUCUAUGUAGGGGUACAUAGUCUCUCUGUGUAAGAAGUUCAUCAGGUCUGAAGCAAUCCUUGAUGUAAAAUUCUCUUAACCAAAGCUUGGUGAAUUUAGCUUCACUAGCCAGUCUACCUCACAUUUUAUUGUUUGAAUUGAAAUUGUCUGCAAUUGUGGCUAUAGUAUGUUUAUAAUGUUCUUUCAUUAAAUUCAAUUAAUGUUAUCACAUUA